AUGAAGUUUACGAUAGCUACUUCGACAAGCGCCUUUGCAGCUUGCGUGCUGGCAAGUGGUUUCGAGCCUGACGACUUCAAUGUCACCAAAGCGUUGCUGAACAACGGCUUCGAUGUCACUGGCAUUUCUGGUUUGGCAGUUCUGGCGGAACGAUCUUCCUCCAGUGCUUGUUCGCUAGCUUGUGCAGCCCUAAGAUUUUCCUUUGGUAACGGUACCGUGUUGUCGGAAGGAAGUGCAGGAUACGACAGUUUCACCGGCGAUUAUUGGGCGGCUCAGCAAGCCGUUGUCAACCCGUUCUGUGUGUUCAAGCCUAGUAGUGUUUCGCAAGUCUCAACUGUUGUGCUCCUGUCCCGACUCACGCAAUGCCCUUUCGCUGUGAAAGGAGGUGGACACGCUGCCUUUGCUGGUGGAUCUAGCAUUGAGGGAGGCAUUACUAUUGCCCUGGAGAAAUUCACCGAAAAGACCCUAUCUGCAGACAAGAAGAUCGCCUCUGUUGGCUCAGGAAAUCGCUGGGCGGACGUGUAUCCAUGGAUUGAGCAGUAUGGCCUUGAAGUUAUUGGUGGUCGCAUCUCAUCCGUCGGUGUGUCUGGAUUAACUCUAGGAGGAGGCAUCUCCCAUUACGCGAACGCCCAUGGAUGGGCAUGCGAUAACAUCGAGUCUUUCGAAGUGGUGACAGCCUCGGGCAUCAUUGUGGACGUGAGUGCCACCCAAUCUCCAGAUCUCUAUUGGGCUCUUCGCGGUGGUGGCAACAACUUCGGUAUUGUCACCAAGUUCAACAUGAGAACUUUUGUUCAAGGUGAAAUGUGGGGUGGGCAGCGCGCCCAUACUGAGGAUCAGUGGGAUAAAGUGUACGAAGCAUACUACAACUAUGCUGUCAACGCAGAGAAGGACACGAAACAAGCUCAGAUCGUGUCUUUUGCGCUACAGGCUGGUAUGAAGAUUGCGGCCGAGGAUCUAGAGUACUCCGAGCCUACGCCAUGGCCAGCAGUUUUCGACGACUGGAAAGCCAUCCCAGCGAUCAUCGACCAAACGGCCAUUGCGAACAUGUCGACGUUGGCCAACCAACUUGGUGCUGGGGCACCCGAUGGCGUCCAAGAGACUUAUUGGGACCGAACUUUCAAGGUGGAUCGGGAUAUCUUCAAGGCGUUCAUUGACAUAUUCUUCGAGAUGGUGCCUGCGAUUCAAGACGCUGCGGGCAUCUUGCCCGUUCUCUCCUUCCAGGCAAUCACCGUCCCUGCCAUGGAGAAGAUGCAACAGAACGGCGGUAACGCGCUCGGUCUUGACCCCAGCGAUGGCCCAAUCUUCAUCUGUAAUCUGGCUAUCCUCUGGACAGACGUUGCGGAUAAUGCCCGGAUCAUGUCUUUCAGCAACAGCCUGUACGAGCGGCUUGUCGAGGAAGCGGCGAAGAAGGAUCUCAAUCACGACUACAUCUAUAUGAACUACGCGUCGCCGUACCAAGAUGUCAUUGCUAGUUAUGGGGCUGCCAACAAGCAAAGGUUGAAGAGCAUCUCUGGCGAGUACGACCCAACGGGAGUCUUCCAGGUGCUCCAGCCAGGGUAUUUUAAGCUCGAGGGAGCACCUUACGGAGCAUUUCCUGCGUAG